UAAGUGGAUCGAGUGGAGAAUAGUUGUCGAAUUCUAACUAUUCUGAGAAUAGUUUAUGAAUUCUUCCUUCUCCAUUUUAUUUAGAAUUAUAUAGAAUUUAAGUUGCAGUUGAUGAAAUGGAAGAUAAUUCGUCCUAUUUUUGUUCUAAUCUAGUCUAUUUUGAAUUUUCUAGAAUCUGAAUUGUAGUUGGUGAAAUGCAAGAUAUGUAAUUCCUUUUAUUUUGGAUACUGUAGAGUUUUACCAAAGUUAAUGAGAUUGGGUAUAUUUUAUUGCAUCGUGAAUUCUGUAGGGUUUUAUUUUCAUUCGUUGAUGUCGAUGAGAUAGAGCAUAUUUUAUUGUAUUUUUGUGAUGUUAUAAAAUGUGUCCUUUAUGAUUUAACGUGGAUGAAACGGAAGCUACUUUAUUCUGCUUUGGAUUCUACAGAAUCUAACUUUCAUAAUUUAAAAUUGAGGAUAUUUCAUCGUAUAUUGAAUUCUGCAGGGUUCGUCUUUUAUAAUAUAUGGUAGAUUAUAAAUUUUGAUAGAAUUGUAGAGAUUGAUAAAAUGUAGAGUACUUGAUCGUAUUAAACUUUCCUUCAUUGUCCUUGAAACAGCGACUCAUUUUACGACCUUAUUUCUCGGCCGAUUUUAUGAUACUUCGUCAUUUCAACAAAAUAGUUUCAUAAAGUAGGAUCUUAUAAAAAUUUACGACUCAUCUCGAUAAUAUAAAUCGUUAGAAUUCUUAUUCCCAGAAUGCAUAUCUCUAAUAACUGUCUUGCAGCGACAUCAGCAACGUCAUACGAAGCAAAAGUUCUUAGAACGUAGGACAUCAAUUAUUUAGUAUUUUUCAAAAUCAAAAUCUCCCAACGACUUUCCGUCCGAACUGUUUGUUUCUAUUGUUCUCUUAUUUUUAUUUUUACUUCGUAUCUUUAUUAUCGAGCGCGCUGCAAUCGUAAUUUCUAUCCACACGACACUCCAAUAUUUUUAAAAAUAUUCACGCUUUCUCUUAUCAACGCGAUUCGAUAAAAGAAGAAUUAUAGGUCAAAGACAUCAUACCAAUAUUUGAACAAAUGGCCAAAUGUUUAAAAAUAUCAAUAUCUCAAACAGCCACAGUGUUUGUUUUCGAAAAGAAAGAAAGGAAUCUCGUAAAUUUUCCACGUAUUUAUCCAUAGUAAGCUUUAUCUUGGAGUAUCGUCGAAGCACGUUGAGGAAAGAAUGCAAUGCGGAAGGCCAAAGACGAUCGUGUCAAGAUCGCGACACAUCAUUUUCGAAUCAGCAUCGAGGAAGAAGGGGACGAAGAGAACAAAGAAGCGGAAGAUGCAGCUAGAGAAACCGAUAGAAGAUUCUCCAUUACGAUUGAAGCGGAUUCUGGUAUAGUAGUUGCGUCGCAAGAAUCACAAGCGCAAGAUCUUGCAAUCAACAGAGAAGAACGUUCGUUUGCAAACGACCAAACAGCCAAUGAAAUUUUAUCAGAAGAAUUUGUAGAAAGAACUUGGAACGAGCAGGAAAAGAAAGCACAAAGCUUCGAAUCUAAGUCGUCAAAAAAUUCUGGUGACUCAAAGGGACGAUCUUCAAAAGGAUCAGUCGGCCAACAACAAAUUUUGUUAGAGAAAUUUGUCGAUAGAACUUUGAACGAACAGGGAAGAGAGGUACGAGGCUUCGAGUUCAAAACUUCUUCCGAUGGAUCAGAUAGUGGACCUUCCCAAGAAAUUGAUUCGAGAGAAUCAAUUAGCCAGAAGAAGAGGAUCGAUAAAUUCGCAAACGGUGAAAAUUUGUCGGGUGAUUCGCAAAAUUGCGGGAAGAUUGAAAAGACGCAAAGCGAUAAUUGGGAAAGUGAAACACGAUUUUCGGUUGCUUCCAGCGAAAUUCCUAACGAAAAUUAUGAAAUCUCCGCUUCCGGAAGCUCGCCACGAUCGAUCAGUGCGGACCAAAACUUCGGCGUUCUCUGCUCGAAGUUUAAGUAUAUCAUCAACGAAAGUUCCUACGAGAAUGUAGAUUUGACAAAGAAAUUGGAGCGCGACUCGACCUCGAGUUUUCUUCCUUUCGAAACAUCGAAUCCUUCAGAACUUAAACGCCAUAGAUCUCUUUCUUCGUACGAAACCUAUAAAUCUUCCAAUUUAAAUACUUCCAUGCAACGCAAGAGAAGUCUUCAAGAUCCUACAGGCGUAACAUUACAAAAUUUACGAUUACUCGAUCAACCAAGAGAAAAAGCACAAUCGGUGACAGCUGCAGAAAUUCAGGAGACUUCGCAGAUUCUUACUCAUCCAAAUAUCGAAUCCAUUAAAGCAGUUCCUCCGUCGGCAGUCUCUGUCUCUCCUCUUCUAAUCAGACGUUAUUACAAAGUCAUGUCCGCGUUUUCCAAUAAUUCCUGCAGUCUGGAAAACACCUAUCCAUCCAAAAUGUUAGAAGAUCCUCUUCAAACUCGACAAGACUCCAUCAAGACUCCGAAAAAUGAUGUAAAUUGUACAAAUUCGGAAGAAGGAGGCAAUCAGAGGAGUACGCAAAGAAGAUUGACAUUGCCUGCUAUAAACAUAGAUCUAGAUUCGGGAGAAAAAUCAGGAACUGCCAACUAUCAAAAUGUUUUAUCAGGAACCAGCGUUAAUCCUAUUAGAAGGUCCAGCAUAGCAAAUGCUGCGAUUUGUUCGAGUUUAGCUCCCAGCUUGGCCAGCGCUUAUCCAGGUGUUCCAAACUGUUUAUUGCCCACGUCGAAUGGAAACGAACUGUCGAACAUUUCGUCUAUCAGCGAGCAGAUACCAGAAAGAAGCGGAGUAACCGGGUUGAAGAUGAAGUUACCAUUCCUUCGACUUCAUAUACCUGGGUCGCAACCAAUUUCAGGCGAGGAAGAAGGCGAAGAGGAGGAUCCGAACCAUCAUUCGCAUCAUCAUCAUCAUCACCAUCAUCAUCACCACGUGUUCCCGUAUUUUCAUGUACCCACAUUCACGUUCACCGCGCCAGCCACCGAUGGUGAACCUGGCCGGAAGUUCAACUUUGGAAUUCGCAGACACUCGCAAACGACCUUGCAUCGGACUGACUCGAUGGUAUCACUCUGCUACCGAUCUCUCGCCAGCUAUAUCACAGACGAUAAUCUCGCUGGUCUUCAAAGCUUCCUCGAAAACAAACGAGUACUGAUCGAUGACCGAGACGAGAAUGGUAGUACAGCCCUCAUCCUUGCAGCAACUAAGGGAAAGAUACACUUUGUACGAGAGCUUAUCAAUCAUGGAGCAGAUGUUAAUGCAGAGGACGCAGAUAAUUGGACGGCGUUAUUGUGUGCGGCCAAGGAAGGGCACACAGAUGUGUGCCUUGAAUUACUCGAACAUGGCGCUGAUUUGGAACACAGAGACAUGGGAGGGUGGACUGCACUUAUGUGGGCGACGUAUAAAGGUAGGUCGCCGACGGUGAUGAUGCUACUAGGACGAGAAGCUGACGUCAAUGCACAUGGAAAUUUUCACAUAUCUUCGUUGUUAUGGGCCGCAGGCAGGGGUUACCCCGAUAUUGUUAAGGAUCUUAUUGCUCAUGGUGCUAAAGUCAAUGUCGGUGACAAGUAUGGUACUACAGCGUUGGUGUGGGCGUCGCGUAAAGGCCACGUAGAAAUUGUAGAUACUCUUCUAAAAGCUGGUGCUAAUGUCGAUACUGCUGGCAUGUACUCGUGGACAGCUCUUCUAGUGGCCACUCUUGGGAAUCACUUGGAGGUGGUACUACUUCUUUUAGAACAUAAACCAAACGUGAACGCGUUAGAUAAAGAUGGAUGCACAGCUCUGGCAAUAGCUUGCCGAGAGGGGCAUCACGAAAUAGCAAAUGCUCUUUUGAAUGCUGGUGCUUAUGUGAACAUUCAAGAUAGGGCUGGUGAUACAAAUUUAAUUCAUGCUGUGAAAGGCGGUCAUAGAGGAGUGGUUGAAUCUCUUUUAAAAAAGUAUGCUGAUGUCGACAUUGCCGGCAAGGAUAAGAAAACUGCAACCUACAUAGCAGUCGAAAAAGGCAAUAUUUCAAUAUUGAAACUGUUAUUAAAUGCAAACCCAGAUUUAGAGAUUGCGACAAAAGAUGGUGAUACUCCAUUAUUACGGGCAGUUCGAUCGCGAAACGCUGAAAUCGUGCAGAUAUUGCUAGACAAAAAAGCUAAAGUAUCAGCCACCGAUAAAAAAGGUGAUACUGUGCUACAUAUAGCUAUGCGAGCUAGAUCGAAAGCCAUCGUUGAGAUACUAUUGAGAAAUCCAAAAAAUAGUCAACUACUGUACCGUCCAAAUAGACAAGGAGAGACUCCUUAUAAUAUCGACAUCAAUCAUCCAAAGACCAUUCUUGGACAAAUAUUUGGUGCACGGCGUCUUAAUACCAAUGAAGAUAAUGAAAAUAUGCUUGGUUACGACUUGUACAGUAGUGCGUUAGCGGAUAUCCUCAGUGAACCAUCUCUUUCAACGCCUAUAACUGUUGGCCUUUACGCGAAGUGGGGUUCAGGAAAAUCAUUUUUGUUAAAUAAAUUAAGAGAGGAAAUGAAAAAUUUUGCUCGCCAAUGGAUGGACCCAGUAUUCCAAUUUUCUGUCUUAUUAUUCGUAGUAGUAACUCAUGUAUCUUUGUUAGUGGGUAUCACAAUAGGUCUUGCCCUCCAAUCAUGGAUUGUUGGGCUUGCGUGUGGUAUAAGUCUUAUUUUUUUUACGUACACUUUUUUGAUACUUGUCUGGUAUGCUAACAAAAGAUAUGAUUGGUAUUGGCCAUACAAUUUCACGGUAGCUCUGACUACAAAAUUAAAUUCAUUGAAACUGCUUUUACAAGUAAUUUUUUGUCACCCUCCUGGUGGUCGAGUUCACGAUGAUAUCACUGUUCAACCCAUAAAGUUCUAUUUUACUGACCAAACCCGAGUCGGCACAACUGCUGCCGGAGAGAACGCAGUAGUACAAAUGGUAGGAUCGCUUUAUGAUUCCAUUGAGAAUGAGUUUGGUUCCUUAUCCACGCGACUCUACAGAGCAUUCAGACCAAAACCAGAUAAAUCAACGACAACAUGGAAAUGGAGACAUCUUUGUUGUUUACCAUAUAUAGUUAUAUUUGAAUUCUGCUUUUGCAGUUUACUCGUUGGUAUUUCCGUACUUACGGUCUAUCUCAUCGAUAUUUCUAGCAGCGAGCCAACAAUAGAAAGAGUUACAUCACACAUUAUUAUGAUAACCGUUGCCUUAAUACUAGCUGUUAGCGUAAUAGCAAACUUAUAUACAUGGAGUCGAACGUUGCAAGCACUUGUUUUCUCUCAAAGACGGCACCUACAGCGCAGCAUUUCUAAGUUAGAGACUUUAAAAAGCGAAGGUUUUAUACAGACGCUAAGAAGCGAAGUCAGUUUAAUGACCGAGAUGGUUAAAUGCCUAGAUAGUUUUAUGGCACAACAAAGCAGAUUAGUAAUAAUUGUGGAUGGUCUGGAUAGUUGUGAACAAGAUAAAGUGUUGUUAGUUUUAGAUGCUAUACAAGCAUUAUUCAGUGAUAACGGUUAUCCAUUUGUUGUUAUAUUAGCGAUCGAUCCACAUAUUAUUGCCAAGGCAGUGGAAGUCAAUAGUAGAAGAUUAUUCACAGAGUCUAAUAUCGGAGGACACGAUUACUUACGUAAUAUGGUGCAUCUUCCAUUUUAUUUACAAAACAGUGGUUUGCGAAAGGUAAAAGUAGCUCAACAAACUGCCCAACAUAGUAGAAAAACUACGUGGACCGAAGCCGAGGAAAGUGUAAAUUACACCGCGACUAGUACAAUGCAUCACUCUGUUUCUAACAGAAGACUUAGCACGGAGUCUGCUAUAAUGAACAGCAAUGAAAAGUUGAAACCGCAAAGCAGAAAAGGCAGUAGAAAAUUACGAUUAAGCGAGUCAAUCGCAAGUAGCAUCGGUAGCAAUUUAAAUCGAUUGGGCGGUGCACAAGAUCUCAAUAAAAUGCUUCUCACUGACGAUUACUUUAGUGAUGUGAAUCCUCGUAGUAUGAGAAGAUUAAUGAAUGUUGUUUAUGUCACUGGAAGAUUAUUAAAAGCAUUCCAAAUUGAUUUCAACUGGUAUCAUUUAGCUAGUUGGAUCAAUAUUACUGAACAAUGGCCAUUUAGGACGUCUUGGUUGAUUCUUCAUUACGAUAUGUAUGAAGAUAGUUUAGAUGAUUCCAUGUCGUUGAAAAGUCUUUAUGAUAAGAUACGACCCCAAAUCCCAGUACUUAAAGAAGUUCAACCUCUGUUAGAAAUGGAUAGAGAUGAACGGAAACUAGAUAUUUUCCUGACGUUUCAUCGUUCGAGUUUACUUGUUAGCGAUAUGAAAAUAUUCUUACCAUUCACAAUAAAUCUCGAUCCUUAUAUUAAGAAAAAAAUAAAAGAGGAGCAACAGAGUAUGGAAGAAGAAUCAGGACUACUUGGUCCAUAUAAACAGUAUAGUCCUUGGACUUUACCUAGUAAUACACAUGAAUCAUGGAGUGUAAAUAAAAAUGGUUUAUCAAAUCGAACAAUGAAACUUGUUAAAACACCAAGUCUACAAGGACAUGUACCGGUACCAUCAACAUCAUGGGUACAACCGUGUAUGCAGCCAACAUUCGAUUGGCAGACUACUCCAUCGUGGCAAGUACUUCCCAUGGAACCAGCGGUUAAACCACUCUCUGCAACUACAACAUUACCGUCCGAGAUUUUGGAGAUAAGACUAUCAUCUUUAACAGUAAAUGGAAUUUGCGACCUUAUUGAUAGGAUCGACAGUAUAAGUCCUAAUCAAGCACCACAGUACAAACAAGUUAUUAAAGAGAAUAACAUUAAUGGUAGAGUUUUAUUGCAUUGUGAUUUACAGGAGUUGAAAAAGGUUCUUAAAAUGGCUUUUGGAGAUUGGGAAUUGUUUCGUAUGGUGAUUGUGUCGCUUAGAGAAUUGGAAGUUUCAUCAUUUAGCACACAAGAAGAAGGUUCACGAAGUGUUCGAUUCACCGUAGGAUCGGAACAAAUUCAACGAAAAGGAGGAGAUCAUGCUUUACAAAAUACUUCGAUACGUGUGCCAACACAUGUAGAUAAAGACAAGGGAACAUCAAGAACCGAUGGUCCUAGACGAGAUCAAACUAAACAAUCUAUUAUGGAAAAACAAGUAACUUUAGAAGAACAGAUGAUAUGUGGUGCAUUACAAACUUUAAAUGAAGAAGCGUGUGAAGAUGUAUUAGAUGUACCAUCUUCUGCAGUGGUACCAUCAGACUCACUUGCAGGAUCCAUUUCGAUGGCCCCUCAAGAUACAGAUUACGUGAUUCUUCAAUCUAAUCCACUUCUACACUGGGUACCAGUCAACGAUGAACCAGAGACGUCAGACGACAGCUCGUUCGAGUCGACAGUACAUCUUCAACGUACGAACUCUCAACGUAGUAUUACAUCUCAACUUAGCACCAGAUCGGCUUGUUCGUUCGGACGUAAAGAGCUAAGAAAGAGUGGAGGCAAUUCUAUCAGUAGUAGACCAGCGUCGCUUUUUGUGUCUCCUCCGCCUUCUCCCAGACCCGCCUUCAGAUCCAAAUCAACAGAUGAAUACUAUGUAGCUAAUAAUAUACCCAUGAAAUCGGCUAUCUCUACACCUAUGAAGAAACGAUGUUCGACUUCGACCUUAAAUGAUGAGUUAAUUUUAUCGGUCCCUGUUCCAAACUCCAGCUUGGAAAAGUUAAGCAAACUGAAAGACCGUCUUAUGGGGACGUUACCUGUCUCGCCUGCUCCAGGAGAGAGCGAGGAUGAGUCCACGCCGUUAGUUUCCGAAUUAUCUACUCCAACUCACUCGCAAUCUGAUAGCGUGUUUAAACACGACUGCAGCGAGGAGAACAGUAGCUCGAUUUCCUCGAAUAAAAGUUUACCACGUGAUGGAGAACGAUCCAUCGAUGUUGUUGAUUAUUCCGACACUGUUAGUUUAAUGGUACGAGAAGCUUCGCAAGUGCGGUUCUUAUCGCGUCAAGACGCCGAGGAAUGGGACAAUCCCGAAACACCUGUUUGAUGUCAUCUGCUACACAGUUGUUAGCCAGUUUCCUUAAUAUGCAAUAACGCAUGACAAAAAAACUUUAAAUGAAAUGGUACUUAAAUCGGGGCUUGUGAUAUAUAUUUUCAAAGAGAAAGAUAGUCAGAACAGCAAAUUGAAAAUUCACACAUUUGUACAUAGUAAAUAGAAGAUAUCGAACUUUUUAGAUAAAGCGUUCGAAGCUGUUCAUGCAUCAGAGCGAUAAUAUUAGACAAAGAGAGAAUGCCUUUUAUGCAAUAUAUGUACAGUAUGUUUGAGUUCAUUGUUGCAGAAGAUACAUCUGAUAAUCGCACUCUAACAUUCCUUGAUACUAAUUUUAAUGCAUUUAACGAGACGCCAGCGUAUCAACUGUUUCUUUUCAAAGAAGUGAAACAGAAAACAUUUCUUUUAUCAUAUUGUAAACAUAUGCUGAAUGAUUAAUUCAAGUCAAUUCAUGAAAGCAGUAAUGAAACUCGACAAAUUAUAUGUACAAAAAAAUAAAUUAUAUUUAAUAAAUCCUAAUUCUCAUA